GGCGGGCUGCUCGGCCUGCUCCGCUCGGCGGGGGCGGUGCCCGCUGUGGACUCUCGCGUCAUGGGCUGGACACUCAUCAGGGUUGUUCCGGACGCCCUUGUGUCGCCCCACAGUGACGUGCUCCACAAGCCGCCUCUCUCUCUGCGCCCCACUCCUCCCCCGUGCCGGAGGAGGGUGGCGCCGCGCAGGUCUCAUUCCUGUCUGUGCCGGGUUUGCGACCCGUGCCGGCGCCCUCUGCCCGUGCCGCGGCGGACAGCACUGCCGGGCUGCCGGCUGGUUCGGCCCCGCUGCUCCCGCCUUCCGCAGAUGCCGGGGCUGCAGCACGACAGGGUGCUGAGGUGUUCACCUUUAGCGCGAUUGCUGACGCGGUCGGCGGGAGACAGGACAGCUGACUGGUCACGUGGAGCUGGUGGCUUUGGAUCCACUGGGCUGCCUCAAGUUCACUGGACCGCUGUCCUGACCAAAGAAUGUCUCAAGAUGAUGUGUACCCUGUCCAUCCCUGGUGCGACGCUGUCGGAGAUCCGCCUCUGCGGGCUUCUCGACAGCAACACAGACGUCACAGUUCUCUCCCUUGCCGCCUGGACCCUGGACUGGCCCCUGAAUCCAGUGGAGACACCUGUCACAGGAUUGGGAGGAACGGCGCAAUGUUACGUGAGCCAGUGGCCCGUGCUGGUCGCAAACUCAGAGGGACAGACAGCCUUGAUUAGGCCUCAUGUUACUUCUACUCCUGCUUACCUCUGGGGGAGGGAUGUUCUGUCCGCGUGGAGGGUGCACAUUGGGACAGGUUUUUGA